AUGGUGGCAAGGGGAGAGCCAAAAUGGAAACAAGGCGAAGCACCUGGUAAAGCACAACUUACCUUGUUGCUGCUGAGUGCUGAUUCAGGUCCUUGCUUAGAGCAUCAACUGGCCUUCGAAAGGAGCUGCUAUGAGAUUGUUCAGCUGGAGCGUAGUUUUCAGGAUGCUCAGAAAUGGUGUGAGCGGGGUGGGGGACAUAUUGCUUUCAUCCUGAAUGAAGAAACUCAAGAGUUUAUCAAGAAGCACCUUGCAGCAGAUAAAGACUGGUGGAUUGGACUGGCUCCAUGGAAACAGAACUUAACACAUGAUGAAAUGGCCACAGAUGUCCUGGCCUGGCUUGAUGGUACCAAUAUCACAUAUAAUAACUGGUCCCCAGAACAUCAAUCCUCUUCAGCAGUGACUUGUGCUUACAUCCUCAAGAACUCUGGACACCACUGGAUGGGUACAACCAACUGCAACCAAGAGUUUUACUUCAUUUGUGAAUUGGAGUCUGACCGAGCAUUUGCCUGUGAUCACUUUAAUGCUACACUACAGUGCCCAUCUGGGAAUGUAAUUGAAAUUGAUAGCGGCUUUUAUGGCCGUAAAUCUCUCGCUUACUGUUCAGCUGAGAUUGUAGCUCCAACUGAGUCAGAGGAAUGCAGCUGGAUUGAUGUGAAAGAAGAAGUGGCAGGACAGUGCCAGGGGCUACAGGCGUGCCAAUCUACAGCCGAUCAGGCAUCCUUUGGAAAUCUUUGUCCAAGAUUAGGCAAUUACCUUGUCAUAGACUACCAUUGCAAAGAAGGUCUCCUUUUGCUGGUGGAUGACAUGUACUCAAUCCUAGAAAAUGUCACCAUCUCUCCAAACUGGUUGCUGCAUCCAUAUUCUGGAAACCUCACCUGCACACUUAACACUGGCGAUGGCUUUGUGAUUGAUCCCUAUAAUCCACUGCUGCCUUCAAGCGAUGUGACUCACAGAUAUAUGACCCCAGGACUCUUCACUAUCAAUGUUGAAUGUACAACUAGCGAAUGGCAUGUGGCAGCCCAGAAAACUGUAUCCAUCCAACAACCAAUCAGUGGUUUUGGAAUCAUCAAGUGCUGCAAUGUUAAUCAGUCAGAAGACAAUAAUGACUGCAGUGUUCUGUACGGGGAUCCACUUUGGAUUCAGCUUGAAGUUGAAGAAGGUACAGAUGUGACGUAUGUUGUACGAGCAGGAGCUGUUGUCCUUCAUACAUUCACUGUGUUCAGAGGAAGCAGACCUCAGAAUGUCACAAUAGAAGGUGCUGCUCAGCUUCAGAUAGGACCAGGCAUACAUCAACUAACCAUUCUUGCUAAGAAUAAUGUGACAACUCACGAGUUAUCUCAGAACAUUACGGUUCAAUUGGUGGAGCCAAUCAAGGAUUUGCAAGCUACUGUAAAUUCAGCAGUUCUGGAGUUGGGAAAUGAUCUCACUGUUAACAUCUCAGUGUCCAGUGGUGCCCCAAUUGAGCUACAGUUUGAAUUUAUUGGUCCAAAGGAGACGUUUUCUGAAGCCAUUGAAAUUCCUGAUGGAAACGUGGGGGCUUACAGCAUUCCAAUGAAUUCUGAAGGUACUAUUCUGGUUAGAGGGAAUGCCAUCAAUGCGGUUUCUAGAGUUAGUUUUAAUGUUGGAAAUAUCACUGUUGUAGCAAAUACUUCAAAUCAAAUACACCGUGAUAUGGAUGAUGGAGCUGCCUUACUUAAUGAAAAAGAGGACCAAGCCAAAUUGUCUCCAACAAAAUCACUUCUGAAAGGGGAUCCAGAUGAGAAACUACAGUUUGAAAGUUUUCAAGCUAAAAUAAAUGGUGGACAACUGGAGGUGGCAAAUCCCUUUUCCCAGCUUGUUCUGAGUGGGAGGAAAUCGAAGCAUCACAUCAUGGAUGACCACAGUGAAAUGACUUUCCAGUGGUCAUGUGGUGUAUGCUGGCCAUUAUGGGAUAUUUGUGUGCAGAAUAAUCAAAUUGUUACAGCUUACCAAGACCUGACCAUCCAUCCAUCUUGCCUACCUCCACCUAAUUCUUUCAUUUCAAUCAAGCUAACUGUAAGUAAACCUGACACAUUGAACAGUACAGCAGAAAAAUGUCUGAUCUUCACCAAGAAGAGCAAAACGGGCAUGGAUAUCAGAUGCAAGAACAACUGCAGUCCAGUUGACAUUUCAAAAAGUGUUACAUUGACUGUUGAUUGUCAAGAUUGCAAGAAUCCGGUUAAAUAUAAUUGGUAUAGAGUGAAUCCUUCAAAACACCAGAUCAACCUGCCUCCUGCCUGUAAUAUCAAACAACAAAAUAUUGCUCGGGAAUCAUUGACAUUAGUGCGGGAAAACACAGCUGUUCUCGUCUUGGGAAAGGAAGAUCUUGUUAAUUUUGCUCCUGUAUUAAAAGUGAGAGCAGUCGGGAUAAGUGACAGUGGCGAUUAUAAAUACAAAGAUUACAUUGUUAGUAUGAUGCCUCCACUACCAGAGCUGUCCUGUAAUGUUUUUCCCAGGGAAGGAUCAACAGUCACAACAAAAUUCAGUGCAAAAUGCACCAUUGCCUGCAGCUCUAACUCAUCCUGCAAUUCUUCAGACCUUACUUACUGUUUCUUUGUGAAACCAGAUGUUCCUUUACACUGUGAAUCACAACCAAUAUUGCCACCUACUUACUUACCACUGGGAGACACAAAGAAUGAUAACCAUUUGAAUAUCACAGUCACUGUCAGAAACAGUGUGGGCUCCAUUACCAGUGUUAUUACUACAGUGGUGGUUCGUGAGUUCUCAAACGCUGGUAAUGCCAAGGACCUGGCAACACUCUUAUCAGAAAAUUUAGAAGAUAUAUCAAACUCAAUAACUAACAGUUCUUUACUAAUCCAGCUGUUUGAGUCUGUGUCUUCUGAGCUGAAUCAAGAGGCCAGUGAAGGAAUCAUGGGCAAACUGGCACUAGAAGACAAAAAACAGGUGGGCCCUUUAACAACAAUGCACAGUACUCAGUGCCUGUGCAACCAUCUCACCUUCUUCAGCAGCUCCUUUUUGGUCAUGCCCAAUGCAGUUGAUGUCAGCAAGACAGCAGAACUGUUUGCCACUUUUGUUGAUAACCCAGUGGUUGUUACAACUGUUGCCUGCAUUUUUGGACUGUACAUCCUUGCUGUGGUUUGGGCAAGAAGAAAAGAUAAGCAAGAUAUGACCAAGGCGAAAAUAACACUACUUGCUGACAAUGACCCAUUCGCCCAGUAUCGCUAUCUGGUGACAGUUUUUACAGGACAUCGCCGAGGAGCAAGUACAACAUCUAAGGUGACUAUUACAUUAUAUGGCUCAGAGGGAGAGAGUGACCCACAUUUCCUUACUGACCUUGAGAAACCUAACUUUGAGAGAGGAGGGGUUGAUGGAUUUCUUCUAACAACACUCUUCCCACUUGGGGAUCUCCAGCGCAUUCGACUGUGGCACGACAAUUCAGGGUCCAGUCCAUCCUGGUAUGUGAAUCGUGUCACAGUGCUUGACUUAGAAACAGAUGAGCGAUGGUGUUUCCUGUGUAACUCCUGGUUGGCUAUUGAUGUUGGAGACUGUCUUUUGGACAAAGCUUUUCCAGUUGCAACUGAGAUGGACCUGAAACGUUUUAGUAACCUGUUCUUCAUGAAGACUGCUAAGGAUUUUCGGGAUGGACAUAUUUGGUACUCGGUUCUAAACCGCCCACCAAGGAGUCCCUUUACAAGAGUACAACGUGUGUCUUGCUGUUUCUCCUUGCUCCUCUGUACAAUGUUAACAAGUAUUAUAUUCUGGGGAGUGCCGAAGGAUCCUGCCGAGCAAAAAAUGGAUCUGGGCAAGAUUGAAUUUACCUGGCAGCAAGUGGUGAUUGGUUUCGAGAGCUCACUGCUUAUGUUCCCCAUCAAUCUUCUCAUCGUGCAGAUUUUCAGAAACAUCCGACCAAGAUCUAAGGGGAGACAUACGGAAAGGAAACAGGGCAAACAUGGCCGCAUAUCGCCUUCUUUACCAGCCUCUUCUCAAAGUCUACAAACUUGCUCACUCACACCUGAAGCUGUUAUAAAGGAUAUCCAGAGAAUUGCAAACUCACUAACUAAAACUUUGAAGAACCCAUUACCAACACUGGAUAAGGAUUUGAGGCAAACAACUGAUAUCAACAAACUUUUGGCAUUAGUUGAAAGUAUUAUCCGGGAACAAAAUAAAAUCAACAGUGAGUUUUACAAUGAGAGUCGUAAGAAAGAGGACACUGUCAUUCUCAGCCUUGGAUCAGUUGACUUACAAGAACACACCACAAGCUCUGAUUCUGAAAAGGGUGUGAUGGAUAAACAAAGGCGAAGUGAUUAUAAUCGUUAUCUAUACCUGCAGCUCCAGCAUGUGGAGAAUGAAUUGGAUUUUCUGGGUUCAAGCAAAUUCCACAAUCCACAGAGUUAUACUCGAGCUGUCCGACAAGUUCAUCACAUGAAGGACCUUCUGGAGAAUGCUAUCCUGUGUUCCAAUUCAGUUUCAGAAAGGUUCUCUCCUACCCCUAGUCUUUCUGAGGACAACAAAAAGGGACAUUGUUCUAAAGGGUUACCCUGGUGGUUUGUCUUCGUUGGUUGGGCUUUGGUUGCAGUGACCAGUGGUGUAUCAGCCUUCUUUACCAUGCUGUAUGGAUUACACUAUGGCAAAGACAGUUCAAUCAAAUGGCUCAUCUCCAUGGCCAUCUCUUUCUUUGAAAGUGUUCUGAUUACACAACCUUUGAAGGUGUUGGGUUUUGCUGCUUUCUUUGCACUGGUUUUGAAGAAAGUAGAGCAGGAAGAUGAUGCCGAAGGUCCAAUUGACAGCACAUUAUCUACUUCAGGAGACUCCAAUGCACUGCUGGCAACUCGCAGAGACAGCAGCAGCAAUAUCUACCAGCCACCACCUCAGAUUGAGGUCGAACACAUGAAGAAAAAUUCCAUAAAAGAGCAGAAGGUAUUUGGCUUGAUCAGGGAAAUACUUGCCUAUUUGGGAUUUCUGUGGAUGUUGCUGUUGGUUGCUUAUGGUCAGCGAGAUCCAAAUUCCUAUUAUCUAAAUAAAGCUAUUGAAACCAGCUUCACCAGUGGUUUUGAUGACAUCUUGAGUUACAAUGAUUUCUUCCAGUGGGCAAACAGUACGCUCAUUACAAAUUUAUUUGGCUUCUACCCAGGUUUUGUCACCGAUGGCAAUUCAAAGCUGGUUGGGUCUGCCCGCAUUCGCCAACUGAGAAUAAAGAAUAAUAUUUGUCGCAUCCCAAGAAAACUGAGGAGUUCUAUAAAGGAAUGCCAUGCUCUGUAUUCCUUGGAUAAUGAAGACAUCUCUGACUAUAGUCUCCACUGGAAUGCGUCAGUGUCUCAGAAUUCCUCAGACCUCGAUUAUGUCUGGAAAUACCAGAGCCAAACAGAAUUGCGUGGUUAUCCAAUCUGGGGCAAACUUGCCAUGUACAGAGGAGGUGGAUACAUUGCAGAGUUGGGUACAGAUGCACAGGAUGCUUACAGGGUUCUCAAAUAUCUAUUUGACAACACUUGGCUGGAUACCUAUACCAGAGCCAUUUUUGUGGAAUUCACAGUCUAUAAUGCAAAUGUGAAUCUUUUUUGUAUUGCUACGUUAAUAUUAGAAAGUAAUGCUGUAGGGGCCUUCUUUACUCAUUCUACUCUUCAGAGUAUCCGUCUCUAUCAGUACACAGAUGGGCUGCACAUUUUUGUUGUUGCAGCUGAAGUGGCAUAUUUCCUCUUCCUCAUCUAUUACAUGGUGAUUCAGGGAAAAUUAUUGAGGGAGCAGAAGUGGAAUUAUUUCAAAAGCAAAUGGAACCUUCUGGAGACAGCCAUUAUUAUGAUCAGUUGGAGCACACUUUCUGUAUUUAUAAAGAGAACGAUUUUGGGAAAUCGGGACAUUGAGCACUAUCACAGUCACAGAAAGGGGUUUGUGAGUUUCUACGAGACUGCAAUGGCAGAUGCAAUCAUGGGUUACCUGAUUGCCUUCCUGGUUCUCCUAGCAACCAUCAAACUUUGGCAUCUGCUGCGCAUUAAUCCCAAACUCAACAUGAUCACCUCUACUUUAAGGAGAGCAUGGGGUGACAUCUCAGGCUUUCUGAUUGUCAUUUUGAUCAUGUUUCUUGCCUAUUCUAUUGCAACAAAUAUAAUGUUUGGUUGGAGCAUGUCCUCUUACAAGACUAUAUUUGAUGCUGCAGAAACAAUGGUCAGUCUUCAAUUGGGGAUCUUCAACUACGAAGAGGUAUUAGACUACAACCCGAUCCUGGGUUCAUUUCUGAUUGGAUCUUGCAUUGUCUUUAUGACAUUUGUAGUCCUGAAUCUCUUUAUUUCUGUUAUUCUCGUGGCAUUUAGUGAGGAGCAGAAGAAUUACAAGGCUUCCGAAGAAGAAGAAAUAGUUGACCUAAUGCUGACAAAAUUGUGCAGCUUCUUAGGGAUCAAAAAUAAGAAGGGUUCCAGUCAGUCAGGAGACUGACCAAAUAAAAAGUCAUCAUUAGCACCAGGCAGCUAAUAGCAGUGAGCAUUCUACGGUGUGCAAUUUAUUUGUUGAAUUAUUUAGUAGAUUACUUUAGGAAUAUCAAUAAAUAUAAAUGCAACAUGAUGUUAACAAUUAACAUUCAAGUAAACUGGCUCUUGUCCAUGUUUGUUUUAUUGUAGUGCAUCAAUGUGCUGAAAUAAAGUAUGGUGAAAAGCAUUCAA